CGACAUUAGAAGAAACACAACCCGGAAGUGUCUCGUAUUUUCUCGAGAAGCAGGGAAGCCGUGUGGAGGAUGGGAGUGCUUGUCAGUUGCCGGGUGGAAUGAGGUGGGACGCUCGCUCCGAGAAGUAUGGGCGCGCAGUGUGGUGAUCUGAGGACGGCAGGCAGCGGGCGGCAUUUCUCGGACUAGAAGUCUCUACCUCAAGAAACCAUGGCUAAACUGGACUGGAUUGUCAGUUUUGAGACUUUGAGGGAUCUGAAGAGACUGUGUCACUGGGGGCCCCUCAUCGCCCUCGGGGUCAUUAUAAUCUGCUCCAUUGUGGCUGUCCUGGAUUCUAUCCUCUGGUAUUGGCCCCUCGAUUCCCCGGGCGGCAGUCUUAAUUUUCUCACGCUCAUUAACUGGACUGUUAUGAUUCUUUACAAUUACUUCAAUGCAAUGUUCAUCGGCCCCGGGUUUGUUCCUCUGGGGUGGAAACCGGAGAACGCCCAGGACUGCAGGUUUCUUCAGUAUUGCAAGGUGUGCGAGGGGUACAAAGCGCCGCGCUCCCACCACUGCCGCAAGUGCAACAGAUGCGUGAUGAAGAUGGAUCACCACUGCCCGUGGAUCAAUAACUGCUGCGGCCACCGCAAUCACUCCUCCUUCACGCUGUUCCUGCUGCUGGCGCCCCUCGGAUGCAUCCACGCUUCCUACGUCUUCAUCAUGACCAUGUACACACAGAUGUACAACAGGGUCUCAUUUGGGUGGAAUUCGGUGAAGAUCGACAUGAGCAUGGCGCGGCGGGAGCCGGCUCCCAUCGUCCCCUUUGGUAUUUCUGCCUUUGCCGUUACCCUGUUUGCCUUAGGACUGGCCCUCGGCACGACGAUCGCUGUGGGGAUGCUCUUCUGCAUUCAGAUGAAAGUGAUCCUGAGGAAUAAAACCUCCAUUGAAUCGUGGAUCGAAGAGAAGGCCAAGGACCGCAUUCAGUACUACCAGACAGGCGAAACCUUCAUUUUCCCCUACGACUUGGGCAGCAGGUGGCGCAACUUCCGGCAGGUGUUCACUGGCUCUGGUUCUCCGGAGGGGGACGGGAUAGAGUGGCAAGUCCGCGACCGCUGUCAUCGGUACACACUGACGGUGGAGCAGCUGAAGCAGAAAGCAGACAAGCGCGUGCGCAGUGUGAGGUACAGAGCGGUGGAGGACUACAGCGGCGCCUGCUGUCCCGUUACCAAAGGCAUCCGCACCUUCUUUACUACACCUUGCACUGAGGAGCCGCGGAUGAAGCUGCACAAAGGAGACCUCGUCUUAGCUACCCGAGGCCUGAAGCAAUGGAUGUACGGAGACAAGAUAAUCGAGGGCGAUCUCCCUCCAGAUGGAAUCCGAAUUAGGGGCUGGUUCCCCCGAAGAUGUGUGGCGAAGUACGUGUCCGAUUCAGGUUCCGACCAGUCAGAUGAUGAGAAGAAGACCAGAUAGCAAAAACUAGGCAUUGCUAGUUAUCACAGAUCUUAAAGGGGAGCUAUCGAGACAUUACUAGCUGCAGUUACAGACCCAUUCAUAAAUGUAACCUACCUCUUCCAUAACCAUACUGUGUCUUCAGACUAUAAGUGCACCCACAUAGUGUUGUCUUGGGGUUCAUACCCCUCCUGUAUUGCUCCCCACAGCCAGCCUAUGUGGGAUGUCAUCCUCAUGAUGUACAGACUGGCGGGACGCGGUGCGCCGGUUAAUCAGCAUUUCGUAGAACGUUCUGCAGCUUUAGAAUAUAUUUUGUGUUUCCGUUCCGCACCAUUUUCAAGAUCCCUGCUUGCUGUCAGUAAAUGGGAAUAAUCUUGUUUACACCUAGAAGCUUGGAAUAAAACUUUCCCCUUUUAUAGAUCUGCAGACACACAGCUGAUGUCUUGUUACAAUGUGUCAAUUUAGACAAUCCUCUAUGGGAAGCGUCAACAGCCAAGCGUUAAAUGUCGUAAAACCUCCAUAGGAUUGAGUUGGGCAUGCUGGGAGGAGUAGUCUGACACCAGCUGGAGGUUGCUGACCCAGGCUCCGUAGGGUUCUUCAGGCCUGCACAGUGACACACGCCAUAGGCUUAUAAUGCAGCAUCAGCAUCCAGUUUCUGCUGGAAUCUAAUGGAAAUAAAUCCUCUGACGUCACAGCGGUAUCAUAAAAGUCUGUGGCGGCUGUAUCACGGCUCUUCACCACGCGGAGGAAGUGCACGCCUACUGAGACCGUACUCUGAUACAAUGUAGCAAACCUUCAGAACAUGACAUUCCAAUACUGCACUGUUUUUAAAUAAAUAUAUUGUUAGAAAGUGACCUAUAGGUUAAGUCAACUUUUUAUGUUGAUCAAAAUUUAUAUUAAAAUCUAAAAUCUUAGGUUUCUUUUUUGCACAUAAUAGGGUUCUAGGGAGAUCACUUCUCUGCAUUCAUGUCCUUAUCAUCACAGGCAGGAUUACAAUGACGGGUAACACCUCUACAUACAACAAGUUGUGAAGCUGUGUAAAUAAAUGUGAAUAAAAACAGAAUACAAUAA